AUGGGUUUUGAUAGCCGUGUGACUAAUCUCAUCUAUCAAUGUAUUUCCACAGUCACCUAUUCGGUCACUCAUGGUGGUCAUGAGUUGGAUCCUUUCACUCCUUCCCGAGGUAUUAGACAAGGUGACCCUCUCUCGCCUUACUUAUUCCUGAUUUGUGCUGAAGGAUUUUCAUCUCUUAUUAAGUCUUUUGAGGCUCGGGGUGAGUUGCAUGGUUGUAGGGUGUGUAAUGGAGCUCCGGUUAUAUCACACAUGCUCUUUGCGGAUGAUAGCUACUUGUAUUGUAAAGCUAUUAAAAAGGAAGCUUUGAAUGUCAUUAGAUUGCUGCAGUUAUUUGAACAAGCCUCUGGUCAACAGGUGAACUUAGCCAAAUCCACCAUCUUUUUUAGUUCGAAUACGACAGAAUCUGUUAAAGCUAGAAUGUGUUCUCUUUUGGGUAUGAUUGAGGCCCCGCCAAAUAGUCUUUAUUUGGGUCUUCCUUGCACUAUGGGUCGGAAUAAAAAUGCUAUCCUUGGUUUCCUUAAGGAUAAGAUGGAAAAGAGAAUUCUAAGUUGGGAGGGUCGUCUUUUAUCUAAAGCUGGAAAAGAGGUUCUUGUGAAGACAGUGGCCCAGGCUCUCCCUUCAUAUGCUAUGUCGGUUUUUCUUCUUCCUGUUGAUACUUGUAACAAACUUGAGGGGAUGAUGGCCAAAGACUUAAGAGAUUUUAAUCUCUCCAUGCUGGGUAAGCAAGCUUGGCGAUUGAUUGUUAAUGAGUCUUCUCUUGUCAGUCGUUUAUACAAGGCUAGGUACUUUCCCCGAGGCUCUUUCUUUACUGCUGAACUUGGUCACAAUCCAAGUUUCAUUUGGAAGAGCAUCUUUGAUACCCAGAAGCUUGUCUUAUCGGGGGUGCGUUGUAAUAUUGGGCCUGGAACUUCCAUUAAUAUUCAACGGGAUCCCUGGCUCCCUGACGCAUCCAAUCCCUUUGUAACAACCCAACUGGUGGGGUUAGAUGACUGUCAAGUGGCUAGCCUAAUGGAUAAUCAUGAUAGAAGCUGGGACUUGGAAGUGCUGAAUGAUUUGUUUAAUAUCCGUGAUCGGGAUUUGAUAUGUAAGACCCCUAUUUCUUCGGCUCCUUCUGAUUUCUGGUAUUGGUCUCUUAAUCCUUCUGGUGUGUAUAAAGUGAAAGAUGCCUAUAACUUGUUACACAAGGAAGAUGGUUUACUCCUGUCAGCUGAUGAAAGGAGACUUUGGAAGAUAGCUUGGAACAUCAAUGUCCCACCAAAGGUACUUCAUUUUUUGUGGCGCUCCCUUUCUGAAACUCUUCCCACGAAGGUUCAGCUGGUCUCAAGACAUGUUCCCUUGGAUCUGCAAUGUCCCAUGUGUAAUUUUGAGGAUGAAUCUAUUGUGCACCUGUUGAUACAAUGCUCCUUUGCCCAAAGCUGUUGGCAUAGAUCAUCUUUAAAUGCGGCGGCCUUAUUGGAUGGAAAGUUCUCAACCUGGUUUGAAUCGUUUGUCAUGCCCUCUAGUUCUGAUGUAAGAGAGGAAGCUGUCAUGAUUUGUUGGGCCAUCUGGAAUGCCCGUAAUGCGUUCACUUGGAAAGGUAAGAGCACCUCAGCAUCAGAUGUAAUUUUGUCUGCUAGAGUCAACCUUAAUCAAUGGAAAAAUGCUCAAUUGAAAAAGAAGGGUCCUUUAUUUUUGGCUUCGGGUGAAAAUGAAGGAAGUGAGCAUUGGUCUAAACCGGUUACUAAUACGAUUAAGGUCAACGUAGACGGAGCUAUCUUUGAGGCUGAAGGAUGGUAUGGGACUGGUUUAGUGGCUCGCAAUUGCCAUGGCCACCUUCUUGAAGCUCUUUCAAGUAGUAAACCGGGACACUUAGAGGCUGCUGUGGUGGAAGCGAUAGUUCUUCUACGUUCCCCCUUUGGCGUGGUGAUUCAAGAGUGCAAAGAGUUGCUUGAUUCUUUAAAAUCUGUUCAGAUUCAAUUUGUUAAACGUUCUGCUAACAAGGCUGCCCAUUAUAUGGCUCGCAGCUCUUGUUUUCACUCAGUUCGUAUGUUUACCGAGAGUACUGCUCCGGAUGAUCUUUUAAACAUUAUAACUCUCUUUGGCGUAUACUCUGUGGCGUUUGAUCCAAAAUCUGGUCUGGCAUGCAUGUACCAACUGUUUGCCAACAAUGAGACAAUUAUGUACCAAACAUGUAGCUUGAGUCCUAAGAAGUGUUGUGAUGGUACUGAGGUACCUGUAGGGGCCAGUUUUUUUGACUGGUGCUCGAGUUUUUUCUGCAAUAAUUCUGCAGAAGCAAAUUGUAGAGUUGCAGCAAUUUGUUGGGCAGUUUGGGGGGCUAAGAAAAACUUGGUUUGGAAGGGGAAAGCUUUUGUGAACGGGGACAUAGUUGCAUUCGCAUACCAGUAUCUUGAUCAAUGGAAAUGUGCUAAAAAAUGUAUGGAUUUGUCAUGGCCUUUUAUUUGGGCCUUUGAUUGUGUUAAGCAUUGGACUUUGCCACAAGCAAAUAGUAUCAAGGUUAAUGUGAAUGCUGCGUUGUUUGAAGGUGGUAGGAGUUUUGGUUCGGGCAUUGUUGCUCGUAAUUCUGCUAGUUUGUUGGUGGAGGGUUGGACUAAGCUCUCUUCGGGCCAGGUGGAUGUCAUUGGCGUCUGUGAAGUUCUUAGUUGGUUAAAGGGUCGUAGCUGGACUUAUGUUUUCGUCGAAAUCGACUCCCUUUGUAGGGUGCAAGCUCUUCAAAGCUCUAUCAAUAUAAUUUAUUUGUUUGGUUUGGUCAUUCUAGAUUGUAAAGUUUUAUUUGCAUCUUAA